AUGUCUAUAUAUGCUCCCGACCAUACUUCAACGUCGACCGCAGAUGAUGAUAAUCAAAAAACUAUAAUGGAGUUAAACGUUUCUCGGGUUAGAACAGCCUUAUUUCAACCUUUGAGAAGUGAUGACCAUAAUGAACGUGCAAAACAAUUGGAUAAAAUUAUUGAUGUUGUUAAAAAUUGGGCAAAAGAUUGUUAUUCUGAUUAUGAUGUUAUUACUAUUGAUGUUUCCUCCGAAAAUCAAGUACCUUCUCCUCCUUCUCUUGCUACGAUUGACUCUUCUAAAAGGUCUUCAAUAUCUGAUGGUAGUAUUCCGGUAAAUCAUCCUGCUUCUUUAAAUUCUUCUCUCAUAUUCACUGAUGAUCCACCUUCGGGUUCGGUUUCUUCGUAUGCUGUUUCUCCCAGUGUUGAUGACAGUCCAAAUAGUUCAUCUAUUCAAAGAAGCGAUAGUAUUCCUCGUAGAAGUUCUGUGGAUCAAGAUAUUUAUGAUGGAAAUACUGAAAAAGUCCUGAAUCUUAUUAUUUACACAAUUUUACGCAUGUCUAUUGAUUGUCCCUUCGAGGAUGUUCGUCGAACUUUUACAAAAUUUCUUAUAGAUUUAAGGAACAGGCUUUUUAAAGUAAUUACAAAGUAA